UCUGGGAACGAAUCUGGGUGUCUGUAAUCGACAAAAAUACCAGAAGAAUCACGAAGAUUGUGAUUUGCAAAUGACGUUAAAUUUUAUAGACAUUCGAGUUGAACUGAACUAGAAAUCAUGAGUGGAUGCCUGGAUGAAAUUCGCUGCCCCGAUAUGGAGGUUGUUGUGGAGAGAAGGAACUUAAUUUCGUCAGUUUCAGCUGGAACUCUGUUUUUCAUUGGCUGGUGGAUAAUAAUUGAUGCUGAAGCUACCAAAGAUUUUUGGCAUGUUUAUCACAUCCCAGGUGUUAUAGCCUCAAUAGGACUUUUUAUGAUUAAUGCUGUGUCAAAUGCCCAGAUCAGAGGAGAGACUUAUGGCACAGGAUGCAUUGGACAGACAGGUGCCAGAGUAUGGUUUUUAAAUGGUUUCUUAUGGCUAUUUGGAAGUUUGAUUUCUGCUACCUGGAUUCUCUUUGGUGCCUAUGUUGUUCCAGGAGAAUCUGAUCCAUGGCCUGGAGUAGCAAUCUUCCUUCAAAAUGCUUUAAUAUUUUUCAGUGCAAUUGUGUUCAAGUUUGGCCGUGCAGAGGAGCAUUGGUAGAAUUUUAUGUACUCAUCUAUUGCACAUCUACAUUACCAGAGGCUGUAGAGCAAAAAAAAACCAUCAGCAGAUUUUUGGAUACUUAUUUAAAUUUUGUAUAUAAUUUUUUUAAGAAAUUGUUAGGAGGUUUACUACAUAUCCCAACUAGGGGCUCCCUGUGAACUCAGUGGGAUAGGGAAAGGAUAUUUGUGUGAAGAAAAAUUAUUAUAAAUUGUAUUGCUGGCAGAUUAAGAAAACUGUGAACACCUUAACUAUUUUACAGAACUGUGCUAAGUUUGUGGAGAGAUUAACACAAAACAAUUAACUAAUCAUGAUCACUGCUGCCCACAGUUCAUUUACAUGUAUCUCAUAUCAUAACUGUUUUCUUCCUAUCUGGAAGUAUUUCUGGUACAUUCAGUUUUUGGAAGUUUGUCAGUAACCGAGUUGAUUGGUUGAAUUAUGCUAAAAGGUGUCACCAAUGAUUUGUUCCAUUUAAUGAAUAACAAAAAAACCAAAGGCAGAUAUGUAUUAACUGUCUUAAAUUCUAAAAAAAUAAUGGUGAAAUACUGAGUUAUUUUGGUGUGUUUAUUAGCCAUGUUGCAUAGAAUGAUAGCUGAGCUUGCUGCUGUAGUUAGUUUCCAGUUAAUGUAAUUUUCAGAAGGAACACAAUAAGUAAGUUUUGUUAUGUUCAACUUAGGAGUUAAAAGUUCCUAACUGUUGCAUGAUCCCUUGCUAUUGUCUGUCUAACAACUUAUGGUGUUUAAAUCUCUUUUUGCUGGAACAAAAAUUGGCUUUUUAAGCCACAAUAUUAACAAAAAUUAUUGUUGAAACAAACCUGUUCAUAUUUUGCUUUGAAUUAUGAAUAUCUAACAAGUUCUUUUCUCAUGAUGUGUAGGUAAUCAUCAUUAUUAAAAUAUAACUUGAUUCUGCUUCAAUUGUGAUUUUAAUAAAAUGAAAAUGGUUGUGUAAAUACAUUGUUUUGCUGUAAGGUAUCCAUUCUACAUUCCACAGCAAGUCAUCCUUUUAAGGCAACAAAACUAUAUUGCUGGGACAAGCAUUUUCAAGUAAAUUCACCAUGCACGUGAAUCAAACUGUUGCUGUGAUUCUCAGCAACUUGUUGCCUAAGUGUGUCUCAGCUUUGGUUUAAACACUUGGUGGAAACCAGCGAUAAACUUUGACGAUGCCGUCGUCCCCUGCAGCUGCAAGACAGGGACCUUGACCAUCAUCAUCAAUUGAAACAGCAUUGACUGCAGAUUUAUUUACUUGAAGCACACAGUGGAUCUUGUUAAACUGAAAUGUAAAUAAAUAUAUAAAAUGACCAUUUGUCAAGCAUCUUGGGACCUCAUGUUUGAAGAGCCAUUAAACAAACUGAAAUUUUGG